UCUGUUUUGAAGGAUACCAAGGACUGGUCUGUGAUACUUCACCUGGCGUUUCAGAGCAUUGGAAUAGUGUACGGGGACAUUGGAACUUCGCCUUUGUACAUGUAUGCAAGCACUUUCACUGAUGGUGUCAAAGAUAAUGAUGAUAUUCUGGGGGUUCUUUCUCUCAUCUUCUACACCCUCAUCCUCAUCCCUCUCUUCAAGUACGUCUUGAUUGUUUUGAAGGCCAAUGAUAAUGGCGAUGGAGGGACAUUUGCUUUGUAUUCUUUUAUUUGCCGAUAUGCCAAGGUGGGGUUGAUCCCUAGUCGACAGGCUGAGGACAGAGAAGUCUCCAAUUUCCGAUUGGAGCUGCCUAGUAAAGGUCUGCAGAUUGCAUCAAAGCUCAAGUCCAAGCUAGAGAAGAGCAACUUUGCCAAGUUCUUUCUGUUGUUUGCCACAAUGCUUGGCACUUCCAUGGUGAUUGGUGAUGGUGUCCUCACUCCUUGCAUCUCAGCAUCAAUGAUUGGUAACAUUGAGUUUAUGUAUCUAAGUUCAGUCCUCUACAAGUUUGAUCAAGGAGGGUAUCUACCCUUGGCCUUUGCCUUAGUUUUGAUGGCCAUAAUGUACAUUUGGAAUGAUGUGUAUCGGAGGAAAUACUAUUAUGAUCUGGAUCACAAGAUUUCUCUUGACAUGGUGAAGGAAUUAGUAGCCAUAACAAACUUUAGUUGAAUACUAGGAUUCGCCAUCUUCUAUUCUAAGAUUGUUCAUGGCAUCCCACCCAUCUUCAAGCAUUACAUGGAAAAUGUGUCUACAUUGCAUUCAGUUCUUGUUUUCGUCUCCAUCAAGUCUCUUCCCAUAAGCAAGGUUCCAAUGGAAGAACGAUUCAUAAGAGAAGAGAUGAUGAUGACCCUAACAUUAACAUUAACACUGAUGUAUGGGUACACUAAUGUGCGAUUCAAGGAAGAGCCCUUUGAGAGAUUGAAGGAGUUCAUAAGAGAAGAGAUGAUGAUGACCCUAACAUUAAUACACAGUAAUAAAGACAUGGUUUUUGGAGAGCUACAAGAUGGGUUGAUUAAUGGCGAAAAUGAGAGCAAAGAAUCAAAGCGAAUUGAUGAAGAAAGGCACCAAGAGGAUGUUGACAAAAAUAUUGAAGCAAUUGACAGAGUGUCACGAGCAAGUGUGGUGCACUUGAUUGGUGAGACUGAGGUGAUAGCGAAGAAGGGCUCUAGAUUAGGAAAGAAGGUUUUGAUAAAUGUUGACUACAAUAUCUUGAAGAAGAAUUUGAGCUGGACAAAUAAGGUGUUCAAUAUUCCACACAAGCCUAUGCUAAAAGUGGGAAUAAUUUACGAGCUUUGAAAUAUGGAAAUCUAAGCAAAAUAG